CCAAUCGCCCCUUUGGCAGCUUCCUUAGCCAACGAUAUCCGGUUCGUCCAGGCAAUGGAAGAGGUGAAAACAGACAUUGGAUUUGCUCGCGCAUGGGUACGGCUCAGCCUCGAAAAGAAGUGCCUUUCGAAACAUCUUAAAACACUUCUGUCAAAUCAAGAGCUGCUCAGGAAUCUUUACAAGCGUCAUGCGUUCCUACGUUCGGAUGACGAGAAGGAGUACUUCGUGCAUUAUUUACUCACGCUGAAUGCGCUUGAUUACACGUGCUUCACAACGAGUUACGUUCUCACCGUCUUGCCCUACCGGGUAACAAUUUUCCCGACGCGGAAACACCACAGCCAGACCACGCAGUCAAAUCUGUGGGUCACCGUUAGCGGUACACUGGCGCAUACCGACAAGCCGCUCCACAUCCCUAAACCGAGCUUCGAAAUAGUCUUUAAGGCCCGGAACCUGGGAACGUUAACAACAAUGCGCGUAGGUUACGAUGGUACAGGACUUAAUCCGAAGACUACCAUUGAGAACGUUCUUGUUCGUAAUGAGCUGACCGGGCAAUGCGUGCGUUUUCCAGCGGGCAAAUGGCUUGGCAGGGGACUCGAUGAUCUAUCUACUGAGAGACUUCUUAUUGCCGAACAUCUAGCUUUGGGCAUGCCUGAAACAGAAAUUUAUGAGUUGUGCAGGAGCACCACGCGUCCUGGAUCUCCAUCUUUUCCGCGCAGAUCAUCCGAUCCAAAAAUCACCGUACAGGAAGUCCAGCAGUUGGUAAAUGAUGCUGUGGUCACGAUUGUCAAACAUCACCAUCGCCCGCAGAAUGAAAAGUCCACCUUGACAGCGUUACUCUGCGGAGAAUUUGGCCUGGUUUACGCGCUUGAUAAACUCUUCAACUUCGGCUUCAAGCAAACUAUGAUCCAGCGACCUAUUCUGGGAGUUCGUGGGCCUCGACAUCUAUUCUUGUGGGAUUUUUUCUUGAGGGUUCAAGAAUUCUUCGAAGAGUUUCUCUCUGAAAAUGAAUCGGUACUGGAUGCAAAGAAUCGUGAUGAGCAUUUCAACGUAAUGAACGGUUACAUUAACAUUGUUUCAAAAAUUGAAAAAGCCGCGGCGCAUACCGUCGGCAAAGAUCAACGAUUCCAGGCGUUUAUCUGCUUCGCCUUGCGGGAACGCUUUCUUCAUCGAAUGAUGGUGCACGUCGCCUCAACACCGGUAACUUCUCAGAUGUUCGACGAGCAGUCUUUCCUGCGAGACUCCUCCCUGCUAACCUUCCUCGUCCAAAUGCUCGAAAACCUGGUGCAGGUCGACUUCGCAGAUAUUGAAGAAGCCAUCACUCUUAACGUGCUCUAGUCAGCGAACGAAGGAAAAAAACGAUAUGAACGGGGAAAAAAAAAAAUGUUAAUGAAGCCUGUGGAACAGAAUGCCUGUUAUAAUUAACAUAUGAUCGAUGUGGCAUUGAAAGGUCCACGUUUGGUCAGGGUACGAUGCAACAAUACCUAUGAACAGCAGCUGACAUAACAACAAUAAGAGAUAGAAAAAUCGAACAAAAACUUCGACAACGAGUAGAUGAAAAGCAGUACCACAGUCGAAAUUUCUCGCUAGAGUCCUCACGCCCGCUUUGCAUUCGUAUCCUCCUAAGCAUUUUGGGCCUCCUGAUGAUACUGGUGUUGUGGCCAUGUUUUUCAAGCUAAAUUUGUUCGAGUUGUAUUUUUCUAUAGGCAAAUCACUCAAGCGCGCUGUGGUAAUCUAACAACCGGUAUCGCCAUUUAGCUGAUCUUCGUUUCCCCUUCCUGGAGUAAAUCAAUGUUUAGUUAAUUCGUUCCAGCUAAGGGAACGUCGGAUUGAAUAUGCGGAAUGAAUGGAGCUUAUCUAGAACAAAACCAAUCUACCUAGAACAGAAUUUCUAGCCAAACGCUGCCAUUAUGCGUAUCGUCACUACUUUUGAUGUUAUGAAAUAGCUUAUUACACAAAAACCUGUGAAAUCGCUGCCCAGUGUGAAGAGCAACUUUCGUGGGGAUGCAAUCCAGUAAAUUGUUUCCGAAAAUUCUUCGAAGACCAAGCGGGAGCACAAGAAUAUUACGGCUAUAAGGCUGGAAUAAAGGUUUAAGCAGCAGCAAACGCUUAUGACGACCUAAAUGGAUUCUCAUCUUGUUAAAGUAAACAUUUAGCGGUUUACAUAAUUGUAUGGCAACUUCAUGGAUAAGUCACUGGUUUCAUUUUUGGUCAAGCUGAUAACUGCGAAUGCUAAUGCAGAGAGUGGGAUUUUUCAGAGAAGGCUUCAAACAAGGUCAGAGAUGGUAAACACAUUUUCCUGUCACAGGUCAGACGCAAGAAUACGUGUCGUACUGUGGACCGCAUUAAUCCACGUAUAUCGCGGCUGGGAUAUGGACACACGAUUCCGUGUCGCGCAACACCUGACUUGUACGCGAUAACAGCUGUAUGUAAAUAAGCGCUGUGUUCUUAUGUCUGCCUGACAAAGCAGAGCGGCCGUCAGUAAAAAUUAGAGCUCUUCAGAUGACCUUGCGCAAGGUCGUCUCAAAAGUUUGGUCUAUUGGCACUCCGGGCUGCAGCUUGCGAACAACGUUGACGCGACCCGACCCGACCCGACCCGACGUAUCGCAGGAUAGCCGUUUGUCGUACUAGAAGACACUAUGAGUAUUAAUGAGAUCUCUUGAUAAAUAGACAAACGCGCAUACGUACUGACAGAAGUCACCUCAUUUUUUUUAGCGAGUGUGGCUAUCUCUUUAUUCUGAGGGUCGGAGAGCAGCACACGUACGUAUUCAUUGGUUUGUUUCCAAUCGUGGUUUUCUCGUACGAAGCGAAACUUGGGGGCAAUUGAUGUUUACAAUUUGUCAGAUUAAAGGCUGGGUUACACACACAAAAUUGAUGGUAAAUACGACGAGUGAGAGAAAAAGGUACUAAGAUUUAUAUGAAGCAGGGUAGGGUAACAUGUUAUUUUGUGGAGGUGCACAUAGUAGGAUAUUUUGUUGGGACGAGACAAAUGAUACGAAAAAGCACACGCUAACAUUUUGAUUUUUAGAAGGUAUUUCAAAUCGACCGCGCUGUUAAGUAGCUUGAGAAUCUGUAGGUGGCUGUAACCAGAAUGGAAGAGGGCGCAUCGUUGAUGCCGUACGUAAUUAGCGAUUCAAAAAUUCGCGCGUGAAUCUUGGUCGAUUUGAUUUUUGAAUUUCAGUUGUUCUGACUUUCGAUCGUAGUCUGUGAUCCUUCACAGCGUGCCUCUCCAUACUGUUUUGAUCUAGGUGCUUUUUUUGAGCACUUAUAAGGUGAAUGGCUAUUAUUAUUAUCAUUUGCAAAUGCCAAGAUUAUCUGUACGCCGUCUGAGUAGUCCAUCUAGAAGAUGCUGACGAGUAAAUCCACUGUUCUGUCUUUUUGAGCGCCCAAACUUGCCUAAAACGUAGUAUAGAGUUUAUUGUCAAGCAAAAUAUUCUUGCAAAGCAUCAUUAAUUAUAGUUAUGAUUACGAAAAAGUGGUAUAUAGCCUGAUCAAUACGAUCUAACAAAACCUGUACAAUACUCGUCCUGUCUUAAAAGGAGAUUAACUAACAGUUUCAUUUGCCAACUAGCUGCCCUAGGAUUUGUCUACUGUCUCGUUAUGAUGACACCUAGUUAGACAUGUAAAAAUAAACGUUGAAAUAAUAAUAUUGUUAUAAAUCUUAUUAUUGAUAUACUUCAGACCAAAAAUUCAAGCACGCAGAAUGGCAUCUGGAUUGCCAAUACAAUGGAUAGCGGUUCCGUGACCGGUCAUAGUUGCCUGGUUCAGCUUUAGUAACAUAUUGAAGGUUAACAAACGCGCAUUGAUAAUGACGCUCUGCCCAGGGAUUAUUGUGUUAUCAUAUUCUGAGAUUGACCUUUUAUUGCUGUCAAAUGUACAUAAAUGGCUAUACAGUGUAUCUCUGUACAUCUGUACACACAAAUGACAAAUUACCAGCCCCCUUCCCUGUGAGAGAUUACUCACUAUGUCUAUAACCAAUACACCAGAGCGCGAGAAGCUAAGAAAUUUUCGACGAAUUUUUCUUGGAUGGGAGGCCAGUUUAAUUAAGUAUUGCACACAGAGGCGUAUACUUGUUUCUUUGUGUUAUAUGACAAAAAUGUAUAAAUAGAAAAUGGAAAUAUUUAUAAAAACAGUUACUCAAUAAGCCCAAAUAUGGUGUUGUUAUGCUAUUUCGAUGCUUCAUCCAAACUGAACAAACGAGAAGCGAGGAAAGCUGACGUAAAGUUCAGUGAUCCUGUUUGAACGUGGGUGUAAUGAGCUCGAGAAUAGUUUAUUUAUUCGAUGCCGUACUUUUAGUUUCACUAGUACUAGCCGGAAUAAUAGAAGUUUCAUAUAGAAAUAUUCAAACACGAUCACAUGGCGUUUCGUUAACAAGUCGAUAGGAGCCCGUAAGUUCAUAUGUGUAGUAUCUACGUGGCUGUAUGCAAAUGUGAGUAAACUGAGACGGAUGUGACACACAAGCCUAUCACAAUUAUAUGUGUAUGGGUAUUUUUUGGAAAACUACCAACUGCUUUGCCCAUCCUUCCCGCCAUACCGUAGACCCAAGUUUCAUAUGACGGUGUUUUCUAAAAAAAAAAAUCG